UCUAAAUUAUACCUUUUUAUAUCCAUGUCUGAUUGUUCUUGUUGUCGUUUUGAAGAUAAAAUUUCAAAUACUCCUGCUGCUGCUCCUCCUACUUCUUCUCACGACCACCAUAGUCAUAGUCACGACCAUACUCAUGGUCACGGUCAUACUCAUGAAGAUCUUGACCACCCUGGAAUUUAUGACGACCGUCCAAAAGCAGAAUAUCAAAACCGUGAUUGGUCUGAACGUGCAUUUACUGUUGGUAUUGGAGGUCCUGUGGGAUCUGGUAAGACUGCUUUGAUGCUUGCUUUAUGUCAACGUUUACGUGACACCUAUUCCAUUGCUGCUGUGACCAAUGAUAUUUUCACAAAAGAAGAUACUGAAUUCUUAGUCCGAAACAAGGCUUUACCUGAAGAACGCAUUGCUGCUAUUGAAACUGGUGGAUGUCCUCAUGCUGCCAUUCGGGAAGAUGUAUCUGCCAAUAUGAAUGCCCUUGAAAUCUUACAUGCCAAAUUUAAUACACAAUUAUUGUUGAUUGAAUCUGGUGGUGAUAAUCUUGCUGCCAAUUAUAGUCGUGAAUUAGCUGAUUAUAUUAUUUAUGUGAUCGAUGUGGCUGGUGGUGACAAAGUACCUCGAAAAGGUGGACCUGGUAUUACUCAAAGUGACCUAUUAGUAGUGAACAAGACUGAUUUGGCCGAAAUUGUUGGUGCUGACUUGAAUGUUAUGGCAAGAGAUGCUAAAAAGAUGCGUGGAAAUGGUCCUACUGUGUUUGCUCAAGUGAAGAAUGGUAUUGGUAUGGAUGAAAUCAUUAGUCUUAUCAUUGGUGAAUGGAGAGCAAGUGGUGCUGCAAAAGAAUGAAAUUAUUUAGUUUAGUUUAAAUGAUACAGUGUUUGAAUAAGCGGAUUCUUUUUUUUUUUUAACGCAAUCAUUAAAAGUUUUGUGUUUUGAAAUAAAGCAUGAUGAUUUCUGUGAUAUUAUAACUGUUGACGAUGAAUUAUAUAUUUUUAUACUUUGGGAUGUGUCAAAAAGAAAGGCAAGAAAGAAAUCAUCCUAACGUUCAGAAGAAACAACAAUAGAAACGUG